CUCUACAAUUCCAUGUCCACACGACCACAAACUCUUUAAAACGCCGUCGUAUCAAAACCUUCUUCUUCUUCUUCUUCUUCUUCUAGGAAGAGCUUCUGUGGAGGAACAGCUUGUAAGAGAAAAGGAAUUAGCAGAGACAUGGAUCAAACCGACCAAAAAUCUUCUUUCCUUGUUUCUUCUGAAACAAAGGAGGAGACGAAGAAGGAUUUUCAGAGCCGAAAAAAGCCGAAACGGUACGCUUUGGUGUCGUUUGGGGAGUUGCCGGAGUACAUGAAGGACAAUGAGUUCAUAUUGAAAUAUUACAGAGCUAAUUGGCCUCUCAAAGAAGCCUUCUUUAGCGUUUUGCGUUGGCAUAAUGAAACUCUCAAUGUGUGGACGCAUUUAAUUGGGUUCCUUCUGUUUCUGGGAUUGACUAUGGCGAAUUUUUUGGAGGUGCCUCAUGUAGCGGAUCUCCUUGGUAUUUUUUCCAGGUCUAUACCUAUUAGCUCCGAUGCAAAUGUUUCCAACAAUUUCAAAGAUUUCUCUGUUGGGACAACAAAACUGGUAGAUUUGAAGCAAAUAAAAUCUCCAGGAAUGAAUAGCACUUCAAUAUUAAACAACCAAGAUAGUGUAGAACAUUGGCCAUUCUCUGUCUUCUUGGGAGGAUCCAUGUUCUGCCUUCUCUCAAGCAGUAUUUGCCACCUAUUUUCAUGCCACUCCCACUCUCUAAACAUUCUCUUGCUUAGAAUAGACUAUGUUGGGAUCACCACAAUGAUAAUCACCUCAUUUUUCCCUCCAAUCUACUACAUAUUCCACUGUGACUCAAACUGGCACCAUGGCUACCUCGGAGGGAUCACCCUCAUGGGAACUUUCACCAUCCUCACGCUGCUCUCCCCGAAGCUCUCGGAGGGCAAGUACCGGGGUUUACGAGCUCUACUCUUCUCGUCCAUGGGGUUGUUUGGGGUUGUUCCUACAAUUCAUGCACUUAUUGUCAAUUGGGACAAUCCAAGGAGAAAUCUCAUCCUCUCUUAUGAGUUGGCCAUGGCCUUUUUCUACUUGACCGGGACCGCCUUUUAUGUUAGUAGGGUUCCGGAGAGAUUGAAGCCUGGUUGGUUUGACUUGGCAGGGCAUAGCCAUCAGAUCUUCCAUGUCUUUGUGGUCUUGGGGGCUUUGGCUCAUUAUGGUGCUACAAUUGUAAUUGUAGAUUGGCGCAACAAAGUUGGUUGUAUGAGAAGUAUGUAGUUUAUGUUAUUAUAAUUAAGUUAUUUGGAUUAUUUGUUUGAUUCAUAUUUUUAGACAAGUACUUGAAUUAUUCAUUUGUUUUAGUACAUCAAUUAAU